AUGGCGCCACCCGAGAUCAAGAAGAUGGCUCUGAAGACCACCGCACCCGUCAAGACCAGCCGCGUCGUGAAGACCAAGAGGAUGUACCGUAUCAAAAUCAAGAUCGGCAAGCAAGCGGCCAGGACUCUCCAAAAUCGCGACUCGCCACUCCUGCGUCUGCCAGCGGAGAUUCGCAAUCAAAUAUACGGCUACGUUAUCGGGGGUCAUGAGGCCUGUCCGACCUGGGAUAGCGGAGCCUGUAUUGACGUCGAAAUCCGAGCUUCACGAUACAACACAAGCGGUGGCACACGGAAAUGCUGGGCUGAACUGUUCAACCUCACUUAUGUGUGCAAGCAGCUCAACAUGGAGACGAAGAGCCUUCCAUAUGAACUCACCGUAUUCCAGGCAGACAUAGGUGCCGCCUUUGAGAGGUUCAUGUGUCAGCUCAAGGAGGAGAAGAAGCAACUAAUGACCACCGUUUCCUUCGGCUUCAAGCACUUUCACAGCGCUAGCGACUGGACCGACGCGCAGUCCCUUACCCCGGCUGAGCUGUUCCGCUGCACCUCGUUGAACACCGUUAUCUCUCGCGUCACCCUCGGUCAAGCUCAGAAGUUCACAGUGAAGCUAUUCGCUCGACACAUGGGAGCGCGUAUCAUUCCCGAGAACGAACAUCUCGGAUACAUCGAAGACCAGGAUCUGUGUGAAGAAGAACAAGACGUCUUUGCAGAAGAUGGAGAGUAA